AUGGCGACUGAGUAAAUUCCGUUUUCUGAACUUCCAUCGAAAAGUUUGCAUAAUAUUCACCAUUCUCAACAUUGGCAGUGCAAUCAAAGCCGCGUUGUGAUGCAUCGGAUUACGUGACAGCUCUUGAAUAGGAAAUAGCAUAGGAAUAUCGCUUUGUUUGUGGUUUUAGAUGGGGUUCUUGGAAGGUGUUCUGAAACUUGAGAGACCGCGUACAUUUUUGUGUACAUUGCUUGUGCUUCAUGUAGGAAGUGCAUGGGGCUCUAUAUGGACCCAAACAAAUUAACUUUCAAGUCCCAAUAUUGUUCUGCAGUAGUAGAAAAGUUACUAUUUGAUUGUCUAAUGCAAUAUAGAAGAAUUUCCUGAAGUUUUUUAGGUUGAAAUCUUUCUGAACUGUUGUGUGACUUAGUUUUUGUUGAGAAGUCACAAGUCGGAAAGUUGAAUGUCACUUUUUCUACCUACCUGAAAGAUAGGAAACAGAAGAACAACAUGGCUGGCCCUCAGAAUGAGGAUCUUCGUCGGAGAUUGGCGUUGAUUGAGGAACAAGUUCGGGAUGCGAGCUCCAAGAUCAAUGUCGAUGGAUUAUUGGACAGCAUUGUGGCCCUGGUUGAAGAUUUAAAAUUUCCUGCCAUUAGAAGAAAUAAAAAUGUGGAGAAUUUCCUCAUGCGAUAUGAGAAACCUGCUGAAGUUGUCUCGUGUAACCGGAUGAAAGCAUCAGACUACAAUGUGAUCAAGGUGAUAGGAAGAGGGGCCUUUGGCGAGGUCCAAUUGGUCCGCAACAAAUCUACUAAGAAAGUCUAUGCAAUGAAGUUACUCAGCAAAUUUGAGAUGAUUAAGCGGUCCGAUUCUGCCUUCUUCUGGGAAGAGCGAGAGAUUAUGGCCAACUCAAACAGCGAGUGGAUCGUUCAGUUACAUUUUGCAUUUCAAGACACCAAGUUUCUCUACAUGGUGAUGGACUAUAUGCCUGGUGGCGAUCUCGUCAACUUGAUGAGUAACUAUGAUGUGCCGGAGAAAUGGGCGCGGUUUUAUUGUGCUGAGGUUGUGCUAGCUCUAGAUGCGAUACACUCGAUGGGUUUUGUACAUAGAGAUGUGAAGCCAGACAACAUGUUGCUGGAUGAACAGGGUCAUCUCAAGUUGGCUGACUUUGGCACGUGUAUGCGUAUGGAUAGGGAUGGUAUGGUGCGAUCAGAUACUGCGGUCGGUACUCCUGAUUAUAUUUCACCCGAGGUGCUCAAGUCGCAGGGCGGUGAUGGAUACUAUGGCCGGGAAUGUGAUUGGUGGUCGGUCGGUGUCUUCCUUUAUGAAAUGCUAGUUGGUGAUACGCCAUUCUUUGCUGAGUCAUUGGUCGGGACCUACGGCAAGAUCAUGGACCACAAAAACUCAUUAAGUUUCCCCGACGAUGUGGAGAUCUCGUCCAAAGCAAAAAGCCUCAUUUUAAGAUUUCUGGCUGACAGAACGACUCGGCUAGGUAUCAAUGGUAGUAAUGAAAUCCGAGCCCAUCCGUUCUUCAGGAACGACCAGUGGGAUUGGUCAAAUAUUAAACAAAGUGUACCUCCCAUAGUGCCUGAACUCGCCAGUGACGAUGACACUAGUAACUUUGACGACAUAGACAAGGAUGACAGCCCCGAUGAGACGUUUUCUGUACCCAAAGCCUUCGCUGGCAACCACCUACCAUUCAUCGGGUUCACAUACAAUAGAGGAACCACGAUAUUGUCACAAAAACCAAUGGAUGUGGGUCCAUCACCGACUGUUGAAGUGCCAAAUGAUAUCCAGAUGAGAUUAAAGCACCUUGAAGAUCAGCUGAAGGCAGAACGCCUCUCCAAGCAGGAUCUAGAACACAAAUAUGCAGUGACGAUAAAAGACCUCGAUCGUAUUUCUGCCGAGGAACACUCAAUGAGACAAAUCACCAAUGAGUACGAGAGGAACAUCGCUCUCAUCAAACAUGACAUGAAGGAGGCGGCGAGAAAAUAUGACCUGGAACAAGAGUCUCACCGAAACACAGAAAAGAAGUUACAAGAAGUGGAGUACAUGCUUAACAAUGAACGGAAGGCUAAACAAAACAUGGCAUACGAUAGCGACAAGGUGUCAGAGAGGGUCAGCUUCUUGGAGCGACAGAUUACGGAGCUGACCGAUAACCUGAAACAGGAGUCCGACAACUGCUUGAAGUUCAAGAAGAUGUAUGGCGAGUUACAACAGCGGUACAAACACCUUGAUGAUGGCUAUGGUGAGGUGCACAGCAAGUACAGCGAGACAGUCAAUAUCAAGCAGAAUCUGGAGAAAGAGUUGAUGCAGUUACAGAAUGCCUUGGAUGAGGAGAGGAGUGCCCGGGCGUUGGGAUCAGAUCAUAUUGUAGAGUUAGAAAAUCGCAAUCGCUCUCUGCAGACGGAGCUGAUGAGGUCGAAAGACAAGGAAGCAGCUGUGAUACGAGAAAACCAGGAUAUCCAACAGACAAUUAUAAGUUUAGAGAAAUCUAAAGCAAACACGGAACUCGAGUUCAAGACGUACAUGAUGAAAUAUGAUCAAGAGGUGCUAGCUCACAAGGAAACUGUGGCAAAAUUCAACCAGGACAAGAAACACAUACUCAUGUCGACUGAGGAGGCUAACUUGGAGGCGAUUAAAGAGAUGCAGAUAAAGUAUGACCAAGAAAAAACGUCACGGCAGAGAGCGGAGAGUCGUCUGCUUGAAAUCGAAAAGAAGAAGUCAGAAAUGUCAGUUGAUUUUGGACAGAUGCAGCAGCGGCUGACAGGGUUACAGGGAGAACUGUUGGCAGAGAUUGAAAAGAAUAAAGGCGUCCAGUCUCAACUCGACCAGGAGAUCCAGAAGCGUAACUCAAUGCAGAUGGACCUGACCAGCACCCAGCAGAAGUUAGGCCAGUACAGACAUAUGGAGGCACAGCUCAAUAAGGACGUGAGCGACCUCAAGGACGAGAAGAGAAGACUAGUCCAACAAAUCAAGAAGGUGCAGAAUGAAUUGAAUGGUAACAACCUCCAGAUGAAGGAACUGCAGGAUCAGUUGGAAGCUGAACAGUAUUUCUCCACAUUAUACAAAACCCAGGUCAAGGAAUUAAAGGAGGACGUAGAAGAUAAAACCAAACAAUUCCAAGACUUAGAUAUUGAUAAUAAGAAUUUAAAACAAGAAAGGGCCAACACAAAAGCACUUUUACAUCUUGCACUCAAUGUAGUGGAGUUGAUUAUAGCUGGACAAGAUGUUGAUCCUGAUUGGUUGAGGGAUUCAGUACUUGCCCAGCUCCAACUCGCUCUUGCCAAGGCGGACUCUGAACAGCUUGCACGGACGAUCGCCGAGGAUGGCUUGUCGGACGUUGAGAAGGAGAAGACAAUGUUAGAAUUAGAAAUUAAGGAAUUAAUGUCUCGGCACAAGAGUGAAUUGUCAAAGAAGGAGUCACAUUUGUCAUCGAUGGAGGUGAACCUGAAUGGGUUAAGUAAACAGAUAGAAUCCUACCAGACAGAAAAGGAUGAGCUCAAUACAAAAAUCAAGAAACUGAGCGACGAACUUGAAGCAGCCAAGUCAGACAACACAACCAAUGACAGUGAAAACCAACUACUUAAGAAAGCGUUACAUGAGGAGAAGGUGAAAAAGAUACAGGCUGUGAAUAAGUUGGCAGAGAUUAUGAAUAGGAAAGAAUUCAAGAAUACAAAGAAGGUCAGCUCGGCGGACCUUAGGAAGAAAGAGAAAGAGUGCAAGAAAUUACAGCAGGAGCUUACCAUGGAAAAAGAAAAGUACGCUAAGAUGUCGGAGAAGUUCCAAAAGGAUCUGUCAGAUGCUCAGGUCGCCCUCUAUGAGGAGAUCCAGUCACGUCAAAAGGCGCAGAUGGAAGCCGACAGCAAAGACAGUGAAAUUGAACAGUUAAUGCAGAAAGUCAGUCUCCUCAACAUUGAUAGUAUCUCGGUGAAUAGCAAUGAAUUGGACACACCGAUAGGCGAAGACGGAGUGCCAGAAUCUGCUCGCCUUGAAGGAUGGUUAUCAGUGCCCAAGAACAGGAAUAUCAAGCGCUACGGCUGGACGAAGCAAUAUGUGGUCGUCAGUAUGAAGAAGAUACUCUUCUAUAACUCGGAGAGUGAUAAACAGAAUGCAGACCCUGUCCUAGUCCUAGAUAUCGAUAAAUUAUUCCAUGUGCGGUCCGUAACCCAGGGUGAUGUCAUACGUGCAGACACCAAGGACGUGCCACGCAUAUUCCAAGUUCUCUAUGCAACGGAGGGUGAAAAUCGCAAACCGGAGGAACAGCUGGAGGUGCUGCCACCUGGCGAGAAGCAUAUGAUUCAGUACAAAGGCCACGAUUUAAUGGAGAUCCAUUUCCGGACGCCUGCAGCUUGUGAAUGUUGUAAUAAACCGUUAUGGCAUAUGUUAUCCCCGCCGGCAGCUCUAGAAUGCAAGCGCUGCCAUGUAAAGGUGCACAAAGAUCAUUUUGACAAAAAUGAAGAAUUUCUGGGAUACUGUAAAGUGAAUGUCGAUGCUCAAUCUGCCAAAGACCUACUCCUGCUGGCAACGUCCCCGCAAGACCAGCAGAUAUGGGUCAAGAAGCUCAGUAAGCGAAUCAACCGCAAGGGAAUCACGCCACAGCCAAGCUUUGAUAAGGGAACUCCAACUAGUAUGCAAGGGACCCCUGUGGUAAGAGAUGCUGUUUUGCGGACGAAACCUCCGUCUAGUUCAACAACCCCACGGUCCGUGUCCACUGUGACAAAGCCGAAGUUACGAAACUUGAUAAGAAGGCAUUCUUGGGCUAGACCUUUUGACACCGGUUCUAAUAAAUAAGUUGUAUUGGUGUUGGGGCCACCAAGAGGUGCGCGGACGUACCAAUCAUUUAGUCUCCCGUCAAAAUCGUCAGCGGCAAGUAAAGCAGCAACGUUACCGAACAUGGCGAGACAGAAAUAGGUGCUCCAGGGUCGAUAUGCAGCCCAGCUUGUCAUGUCUCGGCUAAUCUUCCAUGACGAUCGACUCAGUGUCCUUGGUUUCUUCAAGUGUUCUAAUUAUGUUGGCUUUGAUGGAUGUCAUGUGUUCGACAAUGUAAUCAAGACUUAUCACCCCACCAUGAAUUAAAACUGUAAAACACACUCUUAUUUGGAGUGAAUUUAGUCUCUUAAAAUGAGCCAUUGGCUGAUCGUGCUCUCAGUGUUCAGAGGUUCUCCCUCUGGUGUGUAUAUAGGCAAUCACAGAUGCAACUUAAGAUUUAAAUCUUUACUCAUAAGCUACACCUUUAUCCUUUUCUAAAGCAUUCAGGGCCGGAUUCACAUGAGGUGUAUAAUAACCCUUUGUGAAUUAGGCCCUUAUGCAAAAGUUGGCCUAUUAUGGCGGGCUAUGAAAGGAAAUGAACAUAGCAAAUCGUGUUUAUUACCUUAGCAACAACUUACGCUGUAUAGAAAAGGUUGUGGGCCGGGAUACAUGUACACUGUCUCUUUAAAGGGGUACGCCGUUCGUAAUUACUUGUGAUCCAGUCAAACAGAAAUGCACUAAUACACAAUGCUGUAGUGCAGUUAUUGUGAAUACAAAUUUGUUUAAACUUGGUAUUCAUUGUUUUUGAAUAUCAGUCUACACAACGGAAAUGUUGAAAUUUAUAUUGAGUAUGUAUAUUCCAUGUUGCACAUUUUUAAAUUCAAUUACAAAUUCAAACAUUUUUACGAACGGCGUAGGCCUUUAAUAUUGCUUUGUUAUUUUCCAACGUAUGUAAUUAUAAGUGCCUUGUUUUUAUGGUCAGAGCUUCCACAAUUUGUAAUAUGGUUCAUUUGAUAACUGAGUCUCUUUAUGUGAGGCUCAUUUGUGUAUUUGUACAUUCAUUUAGAUAGCUGUGUUGUGAGGUAUUACUACAUGUACUCGAAAACUCGACUCUGAGGCAUCCCAAUACAUACCAUUCAUAUUUUAGAAGGAUAGCCCAAAACAGAGAGUUGCUUUGGAAAAUUCUUGAAAAAUGUUUUCCAAAUGACGUGUUUUGAGAAAAAGUACAUGUUGAUUAAUGGACCUGCACAUCUUAAAAAACAAUUUUGUUGUCCAAAUGCAUAAUCAGAAGCAAUUCAAAACGAUAGAGAUUGGAUAUAGUUCCUGUCUCUCGUGAGUUGGUUAAACUGUGGGAGUUUAAAUUUCCUUUAAGUUUGCAUGCUUUUGUUCAAUUCUUUAUCAGAUUUAUCUGUGUUGACAUGCCAAUUUUAGGGCUCUUCUAACGACGUUUCUAAUGCCUGGAAAUGGAUGGUUGAGAUGUGGUCACUGAAAUGUGGGCGAGCGCACAAGAAUACUGUGUGAAAAGUAACAAUAGUUCAAAAUUAAAGGGGGCUUACACGUACAUGUAGAAGCUGAGUAACUAGCACAUUGUGUAAGAUGGUAGGGACACCUGUUGGCCAUGUAGUGCAACAGAACUGACCCUCCUUGCUCCUACUUAUAGUCUCCCUUUAACGCAUCAUGUAAAAUGUUGAUGAGUUAUGGGUAUCCCUGAUGCAUGAUGGGUACUGUUGUCAUUCAUUAGCUUUGCUAAUCACAUAAACCGACAAACUAUUUGUAAUGCUAACAGUAUAUUGGAAAAACCAAAGAUGGAUAUUUCAUCGGCUAAUAUUUUGGAGGGUGUAUAAUGAUAUGAGUAAUGUGUACAUAAUGUAUAUAGUACCAAUAUUUUCUGCUGUAGAGAUUUUUUUCAUUGUAAUGAUUUUUUUAUGAGAAGGAUUUAGGUAGUAUAAACCGUAGAUUAUCUUUGUAAAUUGUCCACUGGAUCAUCCUAUUGGAACCAAGUUCCAGUGAAUCAUCAGGUUUCUGUGUACACCUCGGCUUAUCGGCACUCCCUCAAAGCGUGGAGGGCCAUAAUGUGUGCCAUCUGACCGUGGCAUCGCUUGAAAUAAGUGACACAUGCAGGGUUUGAGAUUGUCUCUUGUACAAAACUGUACAGACAAUCUGUGGUUUCCAAAUACAGUUAGAAAACAAUUUAUCCAAGCCAGGUUGAACAUUUGGAGUUGGCCUGUCAGCUUGUUGCGGGCAUGGUAAUCAGCUUGGGUGAUGUUAUCUUCAAAUGUCUUCGAAUACAGGUAACGUCUUCUCUGUAAACUGUAUGAUAACCAACCUUGUUCCCAGGUGGCAUUUGGUUCGACUUCUAAAUGAUAUAUAUAUAUAGUCCUCAUUUUACUCAGGGCUUCAUUUCGUGUUGUACACCGCUCUCUCUCUCAACAUGGGUGGAGCCUAAUAUUUGUAAGAGAAAUGAGUUAUAUCCACUAGAAGCAAUGACUGCUGUGUCAGAGAAUGUUCUCAUAUGUUUGUCUUGAAAAGGUGUAUACAGGUGUCAGCUGUGGCCACCAUUGUUUUUGGUUGAUUAACCUUUGGCAUGGCGGACAACACUAGUCUCCACAAUUCAUUCAAAACCCAGAUAAAGCUAUGUACACUAAUAACGUUUGACAUUGUUAUUCCUCUGUUUGCCUUCAAUAAGUUCAGUUGUCACAAAAUAGGUAGACUUUCUACGAUAUGGGUCUGAAAAUGUCAUCUUUGUAAAAUACUGAAACCAUCUGGAUGUCCCCUCUGUGUUCGAUGUCUACCUUUGUAGUGGACCGUUGUGCAGAUGAUGCAGACUCACUUGCAUGGAAUCAGAAUUGAUGUUCCAUUUAAGUCAAGGCUCCUACCACCUUUAAAAUCGCACAGUUGUAGAAAUAUGUUUAAGCAUGUAGUCGUGAUGAUUGAUCUGGUGGAUGGGUGCAAAAUGGAGGACUUGGGUUCAUACUUCGAUUGUUAUGUUUAAAUUCUGCAGCCAUGGGUAAUUUCAUUGUGAUAACAGUAUUUACGCCAAAUUGCUGACGUCCUUGCUUGUAUAGUGUCAGUCUUCAUAAUUGGCUGGUUUGGCAGGGAUAUGCUGGUGCCAGUUUAGUUAGCGCUUGGUUGUGCUUGCCUACAAUUUGAUACAAACAUUCAUUUAAUGAUCAUGUAAUAAUAUAAGUUACAGAAAAACUUUGUUUUAUUAA